AUGUCGUCUCUCAGUAGAGAGCUGGUCUUCCUGAUCUUGCAGUUCCUUGACGAGGAAAAGUUCAAGGAGACUGUGCACAAGCUUGAGCAGGAAUCUGGGUUUUACUUCAACAUGAAGUAUUUUGAGGAUGAAGUACAUAAUGGUAACUGGGAUGAGGUGGAAAAGUAUCUCUCUGGUUUCACCAAGGUUGAUGAUAAUCGCUAUUCAAUGAAAAUAUUUUUUGAAAUAAGGAAGCAGAAGUACCUCGAAGCGUUGGAUAAGCAUGACCGGUCCAAGGCAGUGGAUAUACUUGUCAAGGAUUUGAAAGUGUUCGCCACAUUUAACGAGGAACUAUUCAAGGAGAUAACUCAGUUGUUGACUUUGGAGAAUUUUAGGGAGAAUGAACAACUAUCCAAGUAUGGGGAUACAAAGUCAGCAAGAGCAAUAAUGUUGGUGGAACUCAAGAAGCUUAUUGAAGCAAAUCCUCUGUUUCGUGAUAAAUUGCAGUUUCCUAACCUAAAAAAUUCAAGGCUGAGAACAUUGAUAAAUCAAAGUUUGAAUUGGCAGCACCAACUUUGCAAGAAUCCUAGGCCAAAUCCAGAUAUAAAAACACUUUUCGUGGAUCAUUCGUGUGGGCAGCCAAAUGGUGCUCGGGCUCCGUCUCCGGCAAACAACCCAUUACUUGGGGCCUUGCCAAAAGCUGGAGGGUUUCCUCCUCUUGGUGCCCAUGGGCCAUUUCAGCCUACACCGGCAGCUGUUCCUGCACCGCUUGCAGGUUGGAUGUCUAAUGCUUCGGCAGUAAGCCAUCCAGCAGUUUCUGGAGGAGCUGGUAUUGGUCUUGGUGCUUCAUCUAUUCCUGCGGCUCUGAAGCAUCCUAGGACUCCGCCAAGUAAUCCAUCUGUGGAUUAUCCAUCUGGAGAUUCUGACCAUGUUGCAAAACGAACAAGGCCUAUGGGCCUUUCUGAUGAGGUUAAUUUGCCAGUUAAUGUCAUGCCGGUAUCAUUUCCUGGACAUGGUCAUGGUCCAGCAUUUAAUGCACCAGAUGAUCUGCCCAAGACCGUGGCACGAAGUCUGAAUCAGGGAUCAUCUCCUAUGAGCAUGGAUUUCCAUCCUGCUCAGCAGACCCUUCUCUUAGUUGGCACUAAUGUGGGGGACAUCGGGUUGUGGGAAGUUGGUUCAAGGGAGCGACUGGUUUUGAGAAACUUCAAGGUCUGGGAUUUAAGUGCAUGUUCAAUGCCCCUACAGGCAGCUCUUGUCAAGGAUCCGGCCGUUUCUGUCAAUCGUGUGAUUUGGAGUCCUGAUGGCAACUUGUUUGGAGUUGCAUAUUCGAGGCACAUUGUGCAAAUAUAUUCUUAUCAUGGUGGUGAGGAUGUAAGGCAACACUUGGAGAUUGAUGCUCAUGUCGGCGGAGUGAAUGAUCUUGCGUUUUCUACCCCAAAUAAGCAACUGUGUGUGAUCACCUGUGGCGACGACAAGACCAUUAAGGUGUGGGAUGCUGGCACUGGUGCAAAACAAUAUACCUUUGAAGGUCAUGAGGCUCCUGUAUAUUCUGUCUGCCCUCAUUAUAAGGAAAACAUUCAGUUCAUAUUUUCUACUGCCCUUGAUGGAAAGAUAAAAGCAUGGUUGUAUGAUAAUUUGGGAUCUCGAGUUGAUUAUGAAGCUCCAGGUCGUUGGUGCACAACCAUGGCUUACAGUGCUGAUGGUACAAGGCUAUUUUCAUGUGGGACGAGCAAAGAUGGUGAGUCAUAUAUUGUGGAGUGGAAUGAGAGUGAAGGUGCCGUGAAAAAGCACUACCAGGGUUUCCGUAAGCGUUCGCUGGGUGUUGUACAAUUCGAUACAAUGAAGAAUAGAUACUUGGCUGCUGGUGAUGAGUUUGUCAUCAAGUUCUGGGAUAUGGAUAAUGUUCAGCUUUUGACAUCGAUUGAGGCUGAUGGAGGGCUUCCGGCAAGCCCACGUAUUCGCUUCAAUAAGGAUGGAACUCUUUUAGCCGUCUCUGCCAAUGAUAACGUAAUAAAGGUGUUGGCAAAUACUGAUGGUACUAGGCUGCUUCGCACGUUUGAAAAUCUUUCCUACGACACAUCAAGGACAUCUGAAGCUGCAAAGCCUGCAAUAAAUCCUAUUUCAGCAGCGGCGGCAGCAGCUGCUGCUGCAGCAGCAACAAGUAGUACUGCUGGGCUUACUGAUAGGGGUGGUGCCUCUGUAGUCGGUAUUUCUGGAAUGAAUGGAGAUGCACGGAGCUUGGGAGAUGUAAAGCCUAGAAUAACUGAAGAAUCGAAUGACAAGUCAAAGAUUUGGAAACUUACAGAAAUAAAUGAACCAGCUCAAUGCCGAUCCUUGAGGCUUCCUGAAAAUUUGAGAGUAACAAAGAUAUCAAGGUUAAUUUACACAAACUCAGGCAAUGCUAUUCUGGCAUUAGCAUCUAAUGCAAUUCAUUUGUUAUGGAAAUGGCAACGAAGUGACCGUAACUCAACUGGGAAGGCUACUGCUGGUGUCGCACCUCAGUUAUGGCAGCCAUCUAGUGGUAUUUUGAUGACCAAUGAUGUGACUGACACUAAUCCUGAAGAGUCAGUAUCUUGUUUUGCAUUGUCGAAAAAUGAUUCUUAUGUUAUGUCAGCAUCUGGAGGAAAGAUCUCUCUUUUUAAUAUGAUGACAUUCAAGACCAUGACAACUUUUAUGCCUCCACCACCGGCUGCAACAUUUCUUGCUUUCCAUCCUCAAGAUAAUAAUAUCAUUGCGAUUGGAAUGGAUGAUUCCACGAUUCAGAUAUAUAAUGUCCGUGUUGAUGAGGUAAAGAGCAAGCUGAAAGGACACUCUAAGAGAAUAACUGGUCUUGCUUUCUCCCAUGUGCUGAAUGUGCUAGUCUCAUCAGGAGCAGAUGCCCAGAUCUGUGUAUGGAGUUCUGAUGGAUGGGAAAAGCAAAAGACUAGAUUGUUACAAGUGCCAGCUGGAAGGCCAGCGACAGCACAGUCAGACACGCGUGUGCAAUUUCACCAGGACCAGAUACACUUCCUAGUUGUACAUGAAACUCAGCUCGCAAUAUAUGAAACGACAAAACUUGAAUGUGUAAAGCAGUGGCUCCCACGUGAACCUUCUGCACCGAUAUCUCAUGCAACAUUCUCAUGUGAUAGUCAGCUGGUAUAUGCCAGCUUUUUGGAUGCCACUGUUUGUGUGUUUACUGCUGCAAAUCUCAGACUACGCUGUCGAAUCAAUCCUUCAGCUUAUCUUCCAGCAAAUGUCAGUGUUCCUAAUGUGCACCCACUUGUAAUCGCUGCCCACCCACAAGAGCCAAAUCAGUUUGCAAUUGGUCUAUCGGAUGGUGGGGUGCAUGUCUUUGAACCUGUGGAAUCUGAAGGCAAAUGGGGCGUACCUCCACCAGCAGAGAAUGGGUCAGCAAGCAGCGUUCCAGCUAGUACCCCCUCAGUCGGGGGUGCUUCAGGUUCGGAACAAGCCCAGCAGAGAUGA